AUGGUUUUUUGUGCCGAGUGUAAAAGGAAAAAUGUCUUUAUAGAUAAUACCGGUCAAGCUGCUGAGUUUUGUUCGAACCAAUGUCGAAGAACUGCCGUAGAAAAACGUCAUGUUCAAGCAUGUAUUAAAUGUCGUAUUUGGCCCAUGAUAAGGUUGCCUGACGGUUCAAGGUCCCCUUUUUGUAGUAAAAAAUGUCAGAACUCAAUAGGCGGAAAUUCACCUAUUACUGUUAGACCUCCUCCUCUACCUUCUUCUAUGCCAUUGCAACCGCCACAACCUUAUCGUCCUGCCACCUAUGCAGUGUUGCCAUCGCCACCAUUGAAUCAACCUAAUCCUUCUAUUGGAAUGCCUUCACAGUCUUCAAUGCCCAUUUUACCAAUUGGAAAUGCGAGACCAAUCGGAGGUUCAUGGGUUAUGGCAACAGUACCAUUUUGUCGUUAUUGUAAUGCAAAACCUUGUUGGAAAGAUCAAGUUAAACUAACUUAUUCAUCUUACUGUUCACGGAGGUGUAAAGAUGCUGCUGAACCUCCUCAAGUUGUUCCAACUUUAAAUAAUGUGCCCUUUACAUCCCAAUCAAGUUACAAUGGACAAGUGUUAUCUCCAACUACUAACAACGGGAUGUUAUCAUCUCAAUAUUUACCAUACCAACCAAAUAAUAUUCAGCAACCACAAUAUCAGUUAAACAAUAUACAUCAGCAGCAACCACCUUUGCCGAAUAUAAUUCAACCACAUCUUCCAAAUUCACAGAAUAUCAUUCCACAAUCACAUUUGCCUCCAAAUUCUUCAAAUAAUAUACCACGACAAGUUCUAAAUAACAUACAACUUCAACAGCCUCAAAAACAAUUAAAUAAUCUCUCACAAAGGUUUCCACAUUCAUCACUUAAUGAAAAUCUUUCGCAGCCUGUGAUUGAUGAUCCUCGAUUUCAAACGAAAAACGAACAUUUUUCGCAUCCUGUAAUUGAUAGUCCUCUAUAUCCAAUUCCACAAGCUAAAAUCAAUUCUCAUCUGCGAUCAAAUAGCGUGGAUUCACAAGACGAUAGUUCUCAAAGUUCGCGAACGAGUAGUGGUCGUAUACUUUAUCCUGUUGUGGACAAUACAAUGGCAAAUUUUCAAUCUUCAGACAAUCAAACACCACCACCACCGCCUAUUCCUACUAAUAAACCAACCAACCAAAUUCCACUUCAACAUAUUAGUCCGAUACCAAUUAAUAUUACUAUUAAUACUUCCCAACCGAUACAUUCAUCCCCAUCAUCUCAAACAUCAACAGAAACUUUUUCACCUACAUCACAGCAAAAACCGGAAGCUCAUACUCCCUCUCAGGAACAAAAAAUUCCCCAAUCUCAAGUGCAAGUCAGUCAAUCCAACAUUCCUCAAUCUCAAGUACAAGCUCAAGAAGAAGGUGAUAACUUUCAAGUUACUCCUUAUAUUGAAGAUAACCCCCCACCAUACACACCAAAUGAUGCAUUCACAGGCCAAGACAUUUCAAUUCGUAAAGUUACUAGAGAUGAUUCUUUCGACGAAGCGAAUCCUUAUGGAUUUAGAAAUAAUGAAAAUGACAAUGAUUCGAAUAAUCCGAGUGAAAGUAAUCAAUCAAAUAAUAACCAAGAACAACAAACUCAGCGUGAUACCUCUCAACGACAAUAG